CAUCUUUGCCUCAACAUGGCGAUUGUAUCUUUACGAAACUCUGCGUCGUCGCUGUUGUUGUUUAGCAGAAGGUUAUUCAGCCCGGAGCUGAGUGCUGUCUGCUCAUAUCACAAAAAGGUGGUGGACCACUAUGAAAACCCAAGAAAUGUGGGAGCUCUUGACAAAAACUCCAAAAAUGUGGGGACAGGAUUGGUGGGCGCACCAGCCUGCGGUGAUGUAAUGAAACUUCAGAUUCAGGUGGAUGAAAACGGCAAGAUUAUUGAUGCAAAGUUUAAGACAUUUGGCUGCGGAUCAGCCAUCGCCUCCAGCUCUCUUGCGACAGAGUGGGUGAAAGGGAAGUCGAUUGACGAAGCUCUGAAGAUCAGGAACACAGACAUUGCCAAAGAAUUGUGCCUUCCUCCAGUCAAGCUCCACUGCUCCAUGCUUGCAGAAGAUGCCAUAAAAGCAGCGCUGUCAGACUACAGACUAAAACAACAGGACAAGAAGGAGGAACGCACAAAGGCCACCAAUUAAUACCUUAUUAACUCUCUAUUAGGUGACAACACCGGUCCUGUAAUGUUUCACUGCAGUGCUGUUUGGAAGAUUGGCUACCAUAUUACUCCAUCAGGUCUUGCACCCUCUUUAGGGAGUUUUAUAAUCUCUUUAUAAGUGUUAGUGGUUUAUUUGCUUUCCAUCAGAUGAUCAUCCUAUCCUUGAAUUUAAACAAGGGAGCUCAACAUAGGAGAUAUAUCAUAAAUCAGACACUACGGGUUGAGGUGAGCUUUUGUUUUGUAAUUUUUUGGCAUUUGGUUUUAUUUGGCUUGAUUGUGUAAAAUGACUGGUCACACACGGACGAUUCAGUAUGAAAAUGCAGUUAGGUCAACAGCUCAAGUAUAAAUACAACAUUAAACAGAUUAUUGUAUGAAAUUGUGCUUAUUGUGAAUAAAAAUGAAAAACAUC